AUGGGCGAUGGUCAAAGUGUGGACGUGAUGGACCCCCAGGUGGAUUCUCUCCCCAUGAGACUUUGGCCGACCUUGGUUAGUAUGGAUACUGCAGACGGGCUUCAGAUCAGCAAUCUUCUGGGGUCAGAGGGGGCGGAGUGGGAUGUAGGCAGGAUUGGCCAGCUAUUCGAGGAACACCUUGCUGAGCAGGUCCGAUCGCUUUUGGUUCUGAGGUAUGCUGGCUUGGAUGUGAGGAUUUGUAGCACGUCCUGCAGAGCUAAUGUUAGAGUGGGUGACAUUUAUCGUGUCCUUCAAUGCAAGCAUGAGCCUAGGUUGGAUUGCGUUUGGAUCUGGAGAUUCGGUUUUCACCCGAAGAUGGCACUAUUUUUAUGGAAGGUGGCAUUAGAGUGUCUGCCGACGAUAUUGGUGCUAAGCAGAAGAGGUCCGAGCAUUCAUCCACUAUGCUCGGACUCUCAGGUGGAGGAGACGGUGGACCACAUCUUGUUCCAGUGUGAGCGGGCUAGGGGAGUCUGGAGGCUUGCAGAGCUCCCGCCAGAGUCCUGGGGCCAGCUGGGCCCCUUUCUACAAGUUGUUCGUCGAUGGGCCGAUGCCCCCCAGACGCAGCUAGUAGCUAUCGGGGCAACCUUUACAGUGUACCAUAUCUGGUUGGCAAGGAAUGUCAAAUCUUUGGUGUGA